CGCGGUGCGGGCGGCGGCGGGGAGCUCGCGGGCCCGCGCGGGACUUCUGGUGCGCGGCGGGACGCGAGGGGAUGGCCUCACGCCAGCUCUCGGCGAAGCUCCGCAGAGAAGUGCAAGGGCCCCGGCCGAGCCGGGCGUGAAUGGUCGGAGGCGGCAUGGAGGAUGAACCGGAGCCGCCCUUCAGGCCGCGAACCCAGACUGGGGGCAGGGUCCUGCUCCUGACCAUCUGUGCAGCUGGCAUUGGUGGAACGUUUCAGUUUGGCUACAACCUCUCCAUCAUCAAUGCCCCGACCUGGCACAUUCAGGAAUUCACCAAUGACACAUGGCAGGCGCGUACUGGAAGGCCACUGCCUGACCACCUGGUGCUACUUGUGUGGUCCCUCAUCGUGUCUCUCUUCCCCCUGGGAGGCCUGUGUGGAGCGCUCCUUGCAGGGCCCAUGGCCAUCACACUGGGAAGGAAGAAGUCUCUCCUGGUGAAUAACGCCUUUGUAGUGGCAGCAGCGGUCCUGUUUGGAUUUAGCCGCAGAGCAGGCUCCUUUGAGAUGAUCAUGCUGGGGAGACUGCUUGUGGGAGUCAGUGCAGGCGUGAGCAUGAACAUCCAGCCCAUGUACCUGGGGGAGAGCGCCCCCAAGGAGCUGCGAGGAGCUGUGGCCAUGACCUCAGCCAUCUUCACAGCCCUGGGGAUCAUGCUGGGACAGGUGGUUGGACUCAGGGAGCUGCUGGGUGGUCCACAGGCCUGGCCUCUGCUGCUGGCCAGCUGUCUGGUGCCCGGAGUGCUCCAGCUCGCCUCCCUGCCCCUGCUCCCUGAGAGCCCGCGCUACCUCCUCAUUGACCGUGGAGACUCAGAAGCUUGUGUGGCAGCCCUGAUGCAGCUACGAGGCAACAGUGAUGUGGCCUGGGAGUUUGAGGAGAUCGGGGAAGAGCAAGCUGCCUGCCAGGGCCGCCGUGCUCUGCGUCUGUGGGAGCUGCUGCAGGAUCCUGCCCUGCGGAGGCAGGUGGCCAGCCUGGUGGUGCUGGGCAGUGCCAUGGAGCUCUGCGGGAAUGAUUCGGUGUACGCCUACGCCUCCUCCAUAUUCCUGGAGGCUGGAGUGCCGCAGGAGAAGGUCCAGUACGCCAUCAUUGGGACUGGGAGCUGCGAGCUGCUGGCGGUUUUUGUGAGCUGUAUGGUGAUUGAGAGGGUAGGAAGGCGGGUGCUGCUGAUAGGGGGGUACAGCAUGAUGACCUGCUGGGGGAGCAUCUUCACAGUGGCCCUGUGCCUGCAGAACUCCUUCCACUGGAUGCCCUACCUGGCUGUGUCCUGCACCUUUGCCUUCAUCCUCAGUUUUGGUAUUGGUCCUGCCGGAGUGACAGGGAUCCUGGCUACAGAACUGUUUGACCAGACGGCCCGGCCUGCUGCCUAUGUGGUCUGCGGGGUGCUCAUGUGGACCAUGCUCUUCCUGGUUGGACUGGGGUUCCCCUUCAUGCUGGAGAGUUUGUCUCAGUUCCUGUACGUUCCUUUCAUUGGCGUCUGCAUCUGUGGGGCCAUCUACAGUGGCUUAUUCCUCCCUGAGACCAAAGGCAAGACCUUUCUGGAGAUCUCCAAGGAGCUGCAGCGACUCGGCUCACCCAAGCAGCCCCCGCAUGGGUGCAACGGCCCUGAGGUCAUCACGUCCACCGAGCUCUAGCUGCAGCAGUCGGGGAGGGCAGCUGGGGCCCUUUCCUUUGCUGCUUCCAUUCACUGGCUCCAGCUUAUUUUUAUUUUUAUUUUAUUUUAUUUUUGAGACAGAGUCUAAGCUAUGCAGUUCAGGCUGGCCUUGAACUCCGGGUUAUCUUUUUGCGCCAGCCUCACAAAGGCCAAGAUUAGAGGCAUGUGCCACCAUGUUUCAGCUAGAACAUCUUGUCUGAAUAGUUGUAGUCUUAAAGAAUGUGAAAGAUAAACUUUGUUAUAGAAAUCUGUGCAUACGUGCUAGGGAUGCAAAGCAUGGGGUAUGAAUACAAUGAAAUCUUUUGUCAGUGUUGUAUUAAACUGGUUUUCUAUGACUAUGAAAAAAUACUGAGCUAUAUGAGCUUAAAAAGAGGAAUGGUUUGUUUUGGCUGAAGACUUCAGGAGUUUCAGUCCAUCAUUAUUUAACUCCAUUGCCUUUGGGCCUGUAGUGGUGUGGUACAUAAUGGAGAGAGGGAACACAUGGCGCACAAUCUGUCACCUCAGGGGAGCUGGGAAAAGAAAGAGCACUCCAGGAGCCAUGAAUGGCCCUCCAAGGCUCUCCUGCAGUGGUUUAACCUAUUCCUACAAGGCCCCACCUUUUAAAGGUUCUACUACCUCCAAUAUUAC